AUGUCAUCCGAACAGCUGAAUGUCAUCGCACUGGUCUCGGGCGGCAAGGACAGUUUCUUCUCCGCCCUGCACUGCCAGAGGAACGGACACCGACUCGUGGCUCUCGCUAACCUGUUCCCCGCCGCCCCCGUCAGCGCCGGACCCGACGCCACACGCUCGGCCCAGGGGACCACACUCAUUUUCAAGCCUCAAGGUGGUGAUGGUGAUGAUAAUCACGUGAAAGAUGUCAGCCAUCUCCAGCUAGAGAAGGGGGAGGCGGACACCGGGAAAGGAGUGGCGUCCGAUGAAGACGCCGACCUGAACAGCUUCAUGUACCAGACUGUCGGACAUCAGGUCAUUCCCCUAUAUGCCGAAGCCACCGGAUUACCGCUGUACCGCCAACCCAUCUACGGAGGCGCCAAGUACGAAGGCAGAGACUAUGACUCCUCCCACGCCGUCGGUGGCGAUGCGGUGGCGGCGGACGCGGAUGAAACGGAGAGUAUGGUUCCCCUUCUCCGCACCAUUAUGGCACAUCACCCCGAAGCCAACGCGCUCUGCGCGGGGGCGAUAUUGUCCACGUACCAGCGGACACGCGUGGAGUCCGUCGCUCUACGUCUCGGCCUUACGCCUCUAGCCUAUCUGUGGAAGUAUCCUGUUCUCCCUCCUGUGGUGCCCGGGGCUGUAGAGGACGCGCAGCUGCUACACGACAUGGCGGCCGCUGGACUGGACGCGAGGAUCAUCAAGGUCGCGAGCGCGGGUCUUGAUGACGAGUUUCUGUGGGAGAGGGUGAGUAGCCUUGCGGGUGCGGGACGAGUGAAGCGGGCGCUCCGGAGAUUCGGGGCGGCCGAGGGUUCCGUUUUGGGUGAGGGCGGCGAAUUUGAGACAAUUGUGCUCGAUGGGCCGCCGGGCCUUUUCCGGAAAGCGAUUGAUGUGCCGGAGUCCGGGAGACGGAUUGUUAGAGAAGGCGGCGGGACGUCGUGGUUGAGCUUCUCGGGGGCGAGUGUCCGCGAGAAGCCGGCCCCUGAGACGGCGGGAGAAAGCUGCUCCCCGGCCCGUGUACCUGACGUUCUCGAUCCCAGGUUCCAGGGUCUCCUGGAUUCUCUGCCUCGGGAUCUGCCUCAGGAGAAACUGUCCGAGAGUGAUUUUGUUAGCGGUGACGGCAAGGUGUCGGCAUCCGUGGCAGCUACGGGCGAUAUCAACUGGACGAUUGAAGCGGAUGUGCCUCGGGACCGGCAAUUCUCCGUCGAGGAAGAAACGGAGGAUAUUGUUCAACAGAUCCAGGGGCUUCUGGCCGGCUGCUCUCCGCCGUUGCCUCGUGCUGCCAUUACCAACACCGUCAUCGUCCUGAGACGCAUGUCAGAUUUCCCCACGAUUAACAAGAUUUAUGGCAGGCUAUUCCAGCAUCCUAACCCCCCGUCGCGAGUCACAAUCUCGUGCGGCAACCUCCCUCAAGGCAAGUCUAUCAAUAUCCACUUGACGGUGAAGCCAAAGCUGGAGCAGCAUGAGCGGAAUGGACUUCAUGUACAAUCACGCUCCUACUGGGCACCCGCCAACAUCGGCCCUUAUAGCCAGGCUAUCGACGUGCCCCUGAGCGGCCCUCCUCAGGGAGAAGUGCAAGCCAAUGGCGUCAGAGCCGUAACAAUCGCAGGCCAAAUCCCACUCGUGCCAGCGAGCAUGAUUCUGCCUACAGAGACCACGGGCAACCUGGAAAUGCAGAUCAUCCUGUCUCUCCAGCACCUCUGGCGCAUAGCCAUUGACAUGAAAGUGCAGCUAUGGACCAGCGCAGUGGCAUAUUUCCCCAACACGCCAAACGAGGCAGACAAGCGGCGUCAGGCCCAACUUGCCGCUGUAGCUUGGAAAGGCGCACAUGCCCCGGACGGCGACGACGACGAGGACAACGAAGGAGGCCCGGAUCUGUGGGAUCGCAAGUACAACCCGCAGUACAUGUCCCUCGGUGGCGGCGAGGACACCAACGCCGAGCAGAAGCUGCCGGAUUGGUCCGUCAUCAAGAGUGCAACCGCCAACGACGAUGACGAGGUGGACAAGCCGAUGCCGCCUUUCUUCGCUGUCGAGGUCGAAGAGCUGCCUCGCCAGGCUGGCGUCGAAUGGCAUGCGCACCUCGGACUCUCCCGCCUCCCAUCGUCAUCGGUGGAAUAUCAGACUUUUGACCUCGAGCCGUCGUCCGAUGUCCCGUUCUACCGACGCAUCUGCCACGUCGUCGUCAACGGUGGACUCGUGCACAGCACCAUCUCCUGGCUUGCUAUCGAGGACCACAAGACGCGGCCACCAGCGUCGUCAUCUGAUGUGGAUGAGUGGAUGAGGCGCGCAUACUUGAAGGCCACCGGGAGCGACGAAUCUGCUGCGACGGCCGGCUUCCCGUACCUAAUGUACGUCAGCAACGCGAGGGUGAAAGUCCCCGGUAUGGCGGCAGGCUACGGGCACAGCAAGGAUAAAACGACGGCUUUCGUGUACGCGAGGUCGAUUUGGGGCGGAGAUGGAGAAGAGGUCCUUGCUGUUGGGUUGUUCAAGUAG